UUACAAUCAAACCUAUAUAAAGCAAGGUUGAAAAAGAAUAGCCACCACAAAGACUUGUCCGAGCUCCUCCGCUUUUUAGACUCAGCAAACCCCCAGAGCAGGAUUAAAAUGUCUCUCACUUCCAUUCUCUCUGCUGCUGACAUCGCUAAUGCCCUGAAAGACUGCCAAGCUCCAGACAGCUUCAGUCCUAAAAAAUUCUUCCAGCUCUGCGGGCUGCGCAAGAAAACCCCCAAAGAGGUGACGGAAGUCUUCUAUAUCCUGGACACCGACCAGAGCGGCUUCAUUGAGGAAGAUGAAUUGAAGUUUUUUCUUCAGAAGUUCUCCCCUUCUGCACGAUUGCUGACCACAGCCGAGAUCAAGGCAUUCCUGAAAGCUGCAGACGACAAUGACGAUGGCAUGAUUGGAGCUGAAGAAUUCCAGGGUGUCGUCCUUUCCUGAGCUGGAUUUUUUUUUUUUUUUUUUUUUUUUUUUGGAAGAUUUGCCCACCAUAGCAUGUUAUACAACCUUUGGAAUAUAUUGCUGAAAAGUGUAAUUGCAUAUGUUGUAUACACCAACCUUCCUCAGAA